GACAAUUGCAAAAUAAGUUUGAAAAUAAGUUUUACGUGGGCACCAGACCUAACAAAAUUAACACUUAAACCCGAAAUAUUAUUGCGAUGGGAUUGGACCCUUGAGGGUAAACAGAGAAGGGAAUGGGAGGUGGAAAAUGGUAGUGGUGAUUGUUUUUGUUUACUGACUGAAAAAAAAAAUAAAAAAAUGUGGAGAUAACUGAAGUUAGUGGUCAUAGUGAUGCCCCAGUCUUAUCCUCAAAUGUAAGAAUGAAUUAAAAAUAAGAAUGGCGAUGGCCACAAAAGCAGACAUUCAGAAACAUGGCGAGCAUGGUGGUGGUGCAGCCCAUGAAACCAUCUUCCGCCGUCAUUUCGUCCUCAUUCUCCGACUUCAAUGGCACAAGAAUAACUACCUCACUCCAGUGUAAGAGGAAAUCAUGGCAGCCGAAAGGAGCAUUGCGUGUUACAGCUUCGAGUUCCAAGAACAUUCUCAUAAUGGGAGGGACCCGAUUCAUUGGCCUAUUUUUAUCCAGACUUCUCGUGAAAGAAGGCCAUCAGGUCACCCUGUUCACCCGAGGAAAAGCCCCCAUUGCCCAGCAAUUGCCCGGUGAAUUGGACUCCGAUUUUUCUGAUUUUGCAUCCAAAAUCUUGCACUUGAAGGGAGACAGGAAGGACUUUGAAUUUGUUAAGAGCAGUCUCUCUGCAGAAGGAUUUGAUGUUGUUUAUGACAUAAAUGGACGUGAAGCGGAUGAAGUUGAACCAAUAUUGGAUGCUUUACCAAAUCUUGAACAGUAUAUAUAUUGCUCUUCAGCAGGAGUUUACCUCAAAUCUGAUUAUCUCCCACAUUUUGAGACUGAUGCAGUUGAUCCCAAGAGCCGACAUAAAGGCAAACUUGAGACUGAGAGUUUGUUGGCCUCAAGAGACGUGAACUGGACUUCUAUUAGGCCAGUCUACAUAUAUGGCCCACUUAACUACAAUCCUGUCGAGGAGUGGUUCUUCCACCGUUUGAAAGUGGGCCGUCCUAUUCCGAUUCCCAACUCAGGCAUGCAAGUGACUCAGCUUGGUCACGUAAAGGACCUAGCGACCGCUUUUGUUAAUGUUCUUGGUAAUGAGAAAGCGAGCAAGGAAGUAUUUAACAUCUCUGGAGAGAAAUAUGUCACCUUUGACGGUUUAGCUAGGGCUUGUGCUAAGGCUGGUGGCUUCCCGGAGCCCGAAAUUAUUCAUUACAAUCCCAAGAAGUUUGAUUUUGGUAAAAAGAAACCAUUUCCUUUCCGGGACCAGCAUUUCUUUGCAUCGGUUGACAAGGCAAAGAGCGUGCUCGGUUGGAAACCAGAGUUCGAUCUUGUGGAAGGCCUUACAGAUUCUUAUAACCUAGACUUUGGCAGGGGAACAUUCCGCAAAGAAGCGGACUUCUCAACGGAUGACAUUAUUCUUGGAAAGAGCCUCGUUCUACAGAGCUAGUCCGAUUGUGUGAUCUUUCUUCUGUUUAUUUUCAACAUUGUUAUAUAAUUAAUUCGGGGUCAAUUUUCCAGAGGGGGGAAAAUGUAUGCGUUUAUAGUUUUGUAAGUUAUCAAACAUCUCCAAGUGGAACUUGGAUAGUUCAGUUGCAAUGUCACAUGGCAAGAAAAGGCUUAUGGUUUAAUAAUAAAAAUAUUGAAAAUAAUAUUAUAAAAAUAAAUAUUGUGUUAAUUAAUUUAUAAUAUUGUAAAAAUAAAUAUUGUGUUA